AUGGACGGUACUCUUGUAUCAGCUGAUUUGCUCCAGACAAUCAGCCAGCCAAAAUACUGUAACGAAUUUGACCACGCACUCGGUGAAGAUGAAAAUAAAGGAUAUGGUUUUAUCUACACAAAGAGUGAUAAGGACACCUGGCAAAUUGGACACCCAGCGAUCGGCGGUCAAUGCGUUUACAUGGACCUCACUAAUGACCUCGUUGUUUGUUACUUGACGAAUGGCCUGAAGUCUUGGGUUGGAGACUAUCCAGCCUGUUUCAAUAAUCUGCAAUUGAAAAUUUAUGAAGCAAUUGCCACCUAUGGGAAGCGCACUUCCGCUGAAGUCAUUGAUCAAGCGAUCAGGGGCAAAUAA